AUGUCAUCUGCGCGGUUCGAUUCAUCGGACCGGUCCAGUUGGUAUUUUGGGCCGGUGUCGAGACAGGAGGCCCAGAAUAGAUUACAAGGACAGAGGCAUGGCAUGUUUUUGGUUCGGGAUUCCUCAACCUGCCCUGGCGACUAUGUGCUGUCAGUAUCUGAAAAUUCCAAAGUGUCCCACUAUAUCAUUAACUCCUUGCCAAGCAUGAGGUUCAAAAUCGGGGACCAAGAAUUCGAGCACCUCCCAGCGCUUUUGGAGUUCUACAAAAUCCACUACCUGGAUACGACUACACUGAUAGAACCUGCCCCCAGGUAAGGAACUGCCACAGGCUUGGCCUGCGGCCACAUACCACUCAAAGGAAUGCAGUUAAAAGCUCUUAGUUAGGCCUUAGGUUUUCAAGAUGUUUAGAAUUCCAAUGAUUUGACACAUUUCCUGCUAUGUGAUGGACCUCUCAGAAACAGAUUCUGAGGGUUGUAUCCAUGUAAAUCAUAAACUUUACCAGUCUUCUACUUAUUGAGUAGUGACCGCACGUAAUGGCAGGUUUAACAAUGACUUGCAUAGUUCCUGUCCGGCUAGGGCUACUGUUUUCCGCCAGUUUGAGUUAUUUAUGCGUUUCAUAACAAUUUAAACCUUGACUGGUGUGGUAUGUUCACAAAGGGGGUGUGACACAAAACAGUAGUGACAUUUGGGGAGAGGAAUGUAUAUACUUUGAUCUAGUCCAGCGUUUCCCAAACUCUGGCCUGCAGACCACAAGGGGUGCACGUUUUGGUUUUCGCCCUAACACUACCAGCUGAUUCAAAUAAUCAAAGCUUAAUGAUGAGUUUAUUAUUUUAAUCACCUGUGUAGUGCUAAUGCAAAAGCUAAAAUACUGGGAAAUACUGAUUUAGUCAGAUAUGAUGAUUUCAGUAGUUCAGCAGUAAAACUUUUGUUCAUAUUAUAUUGAAACAGUCGUGUGAUAAUCAAUACUGAACAAAAAUACACUACAUGACCAAAAGUAUGUGGACACCUGCUCGUCGAACAUCUCAUUCCAAAAUCAUGGGUAUUCAUAUGGAGUUGGUCCCUCCUUUGCUGCUAUAACAGCCUCCACUCUUCUGGGAAGGCUUUCCACUAGAUGUUGGAAAAUUGCUGCUGGAACUUGCUUCCAUUCAGCCACGAGCAUUAGUGAGGUCGGGCACUGAUGUUGGGUGAUUAGGCCUGGCUCGCAGUCGGAUUCCAAUUCAUCCCAAAGGUGUUAGAUGGGGUUGAGGUCAGGGCUCUGUGCAGGCCAGUCAAGUUCUUACACACCGAUCUCGACAAACCAUUUCUGUAUGGACCUCGCUUUGUGCACGGGGGCAAUGUUACGCUGAAACAGGAAAUGGCCUUCCCCAAACUAUUGCCACAAAGUUUGGGGAAGGCCAAGCAGGUAGCUUAGUGGGUAAGAGCGUUGUGCCAGUAACCGAAAGGUCGCUGGUUCUAAUCCCUGAGCCGACUAGGUGAAAAAUAUGUCGAUGUGCCCUUAAGCAAGGCACUUAACCCUAAUUGCUCCUGUAAGUCGCUCUGGAUAAGAACGUCUGCUAAAUGACUAAAAUUGAAAGUUGGAAGCACAGAAUUGUCUAGAAUGUAAUUGUAUGCUGUAGCGUUAAGAUUUCCCUUCACUGGAACUAAGGGGCCUAGCCCGAACAGCCCCAGACCAUUAUUCCUCCUCCACCAAACUUUACAGUUGGCACUAUGUAUUCGGAUAGGUAGGGUUCUCCUGGCAUCCACCAAACCCAGAUUCGUCUGUCGGUGAAGCGUGAGUCAUCACUCCAGAGAAGGCGUUUCCACUGCUCCAGAGUCCAAUGGCAGUGAGCUUUACACCACUCCAGCCGACGCUUGGCAUUACGCAUUGUGCGGCUGCUCGGCCAUGGAAACCCAUUUCAUGAAGCUCACGACGAACAGUUCUUGUUCUGACGUUGCUUCCAGAAGCAGUUUGGAACUCGGUAGUGAGUGUUGCAACCGAGCGGUCCUGUUCUGUGAGCUUGUGUGGCCUACCACUUCGCGACUGAGCCGUUGUUGCUCCUAGCGAUUCCACUUUACUAUAAUAGCACUUACAGUUGACCGGGGCAGCUCUAGCAGGGCAGAAAUUUGACGAGCUGACUUGUUGGAAAGGUGGCAUCCUAUGGGACUCCCAAUCAGAGCCAGUUGUGAUACAGCCUGGAAUCGAACCAGGGGGUCUGUAGUGACGCCUCAAGCACUGAGAGGCAGUGCCUUAGACCGCUGCGCUGGCGGCGGGUGAAUGGCACGACAAUGGGCCUCAGGAUCUCGUCACGGUAUCUCUGUGCAUUCAAAUUGCCAUUGAUAAAAUGCAAUUGUGUUCGUUGUCCGUAGCUUAUGUCUGCCCAUACCAUAACCCCACCGCCACAAUGGGGCACUCUGUUCACAACGUUGACAUCAGCAUCUUGGCAAAGGAGAAAUUUGUGCACAUAAUUUGAGAGAAAUUACCUUUUUGUGUGUAUGGAACAUUUCGGGGAUCUUUUAUUUCAGCUCAUGAAACAUUUACAUGUUGUGUUUAUAUUUUUGUUCAGUGUACAUGUUAAUCUGUAUUUUAUGCUCCCCCUCCUCUGGCCCUCUUCCUCCCCAGGUACCCUAACACAGCUAUAGGCACCAGCCCCAUUCAGGCGAUGGGCGGCCCAGAGGACAACCUGGAGUAUGUGCGGACUCUGUACGACUUCACGGGCAGCGAUGCUGAGGACCUGCCCUUUAAGAAGGGGGAGAUCCUGAUCAUCCUGGAGAAGCCUGAGGAGCAGUGGUGGAGUGCCAAGAGCAAGGAGGGCCGCAUGGGCAUGAUCCCUGUGCCCUAUGUGGAGAAGCUGGUGCGACCGUCCCCUCACCCUGGCCAGCCCCCUCACAGCUCCCGCAACUCCAACAGCUAUGGCAUCCCCGAGCCGGCCCAUGCUUACGCUCAGCCUCAGACCCCCUCGCCCCUUCCCCCUGGCACCCCCGGAGUGGUCAACACCCCCCUGCCCUCCAUGCAGAACGGGCCAGUCAUGGCUAAGGCCAUCCAGAAACGAGUGCCCUGUGCCUAUGACAAGACGGCCCUGGCUCUAGAGGUAGGAGUCCCUCACAUUCUGUCCCAGCAUGGUUUUGUGAAGGGAGGCCUCAAGACCUAAAUGCUCCUAGUUGUCCUCUAUGCUCAUAGUUCAGUAGGUUGUGUAAAUUUCAUUAGAUUUAACUUAAGCCUGCAGCCACUCUACGCACAAGAAUAAGCCUGGCUACGCUAGGCCCAAUAAUGGACCAAAGGAACCUAAUGUAGCUCAGUUGGUAGAGCAUGGCGUUUGCAACGCCAGGGUUGUGGGUUCGAUUCCCACGGGGGGCCAGUAUGAAAAUAUAUAUAUAUAUAUAUAUAUAUAUAUAUAUUGUAUGCACUAACUAACUGUAAGUCGCUCUGGAUAAGAGUGUCUGCUAAAUGACUAAAAUCUAAAUGUAAAAUGUAAUGUUACUUAUAGUCCAAGGACCUUACAUGUUCUGUUUAAAGGCAAAUUGCUCUGGAUGCCAAAACAGCCAAAUACUCAAUCUAAACGUGAAUCGAUUCUUAAUUGUGGUAUGGUUCUAGAAACAUAAAUCCCUGUACUUUCAUAUCACAUCAAAAUAGUUUCACGAAUGCAAAAUACACACUAAUUAACCGGUUUAAACACCGUUGCAGCCAACAGUAUUUUUCAGUGACAACACGUUUAUGGCAUCCAUCUUCCAUUUACACACAGGUGUUCUGAGACGCCGAUAGCUAAUUGGCACAGGUAGUCCACUCUGACUCCCGUCUGUUUUACUCAAACAAGCGCUGUAACAUGGAAAUAUGGGAACCCUAACCCUAUAAAGGUGUGUAGUAAUUUAACCUUUUUUUUCUGAUAUGAAAGAUACAUUCCUUAUGUUUCCAAAACCGUACCGCAAGCGAUGCGUGUUAAUGUUUAAAGCAAGCGUCGGGGCUCUUAACAAAACUCCCCACAUCAGAAGAUACUAUCAUCAAUAGGCGCUAAAGCAGUUAGCGUCAAUGAAUGCGGUAAGUCUACACAGGCAGCCCAAUUCUGAUAUUUAUUCCACUAAUUGGUCUUUUGACGAAUCACAUCAGAUCUUUUCACAUCAAAUCUUUUUCAGAGCUGAUCUGAAAAUACCAAUUAGAGAAAAAAAUUCAGAAUUGGGCUGCCUGUGUAAACGCAGCCAUUGUGCCAAAUAUUAUGGAUCAAGUCAUUUAAAGACAGUUGAGAUCACUGAGGUUAUUUUUAAUGAGUGCAUUUUGCAAGUGGCUAGUUUGCAUCAACUACCUUAACUAAAACCACUGCAAAGGUUUUGCCUGCAAACUUUGGUUUUGAAUCGCGACGUUCUGGCAUGUCUGCCUCGUGAUUUUUUUCCCUUAUCAACGUAGGCAGUGACGUAGUUCUUCCAUGCCAAAAGAGUCCAUAAUUGAAACCAGUCACUGUGUUGCCUAGGGUCGGGUUUUCGAGACUAGAGAGCGGGUGUGAGAGAGAGAGAAAUCCUGAGAUUAUUCAUUAAUCAGAGGGGACGUGUUUUGUGCAUCACAUCAGUUUGUUCUCAUCAUGUAUCCACCAGAGCAGACGGCAGCUUAGUGCUUCAGAUUUCCAUCUGUCAGAAAUAGAGUCCGGGGUUGUGUGAAUAACACCACCUCUUUCACAAACUAGAGCAAGGCUGACUAAUGCCUUGGAUUACCAGCCUACCCCAGAAUACAGCCACAUUUUUGUCAGUUAAAAGUGUAGCCUUCACCACCUUGGUUUAAGUCAAAACCAUUAUUAUUCAGCAGCUUCAGAGUCCUAGACCCCCACACUAAAGUAAACCGUCUCUCAUUUAAGCCUUGUUCACAUUGGCAGUUUGAAGUGACUCAAAAAAAAGAAUGCAUAUUUGAUUCGAAUUUGUUCUUUUUCCUGCAGUCUGAACAGCCAAAAAGCACAUUGUUUCAGAUAUUUCAAGCCACAUUUCAAACCACCUUUAGGUGGUUGAAAGUCGGAUACAAAUCUGAUUCCUGGCCAUGUGACUUGUGUCUGAAUGGUCAAAUCUGAUUUAUUUGCCCACAAGUUGUUUUUAGACUGUUAUUUGGCAUAUGUUUUUGCUUGCUAGCUACUCAGUUUUGACUAGAACAUGUGGUAGUUAACUAGCUUGUUAAUUGUUAACAAACAAAUUAGUGAAUGUGCUAGAAAGCUAAACGGCUAGCUAGUUGACUGCUGUGGUUAGUCAAAAAGGACUUGUUUUGAAAGUUGGAUCAUUUUAUCCUUUGAGGCUUUAAAAGUGUUCUUACACUAUGAUUUUGAACAUUCAAAGCAACUGGGAAACGUCCAUGGCUGGCAUUGUUGUCACCUUAGUUUGCUUUCUGAGUGAUGGGAAGCACAGGCACCACCACCAUCAGCCUACAUCACUGCGCACACACCCGUCAUUACUAUGACAACUAGCAUAGCCAUGUCAGCAAAUAACUGCUGUCUGAACACACACAAAUCCUAGUUGGUUACUUGUAACUUGCUGUUUGGUCAGUCAGUAUUCCAAAACGGAUUUGAAAAACAAAGCCGAUUUGAGCAUUAAGGCCUGCAGUGUGAACAAGGCUUCAGUUAGACAUUCUAGUCAUGGUGCAUCUGUGUUUCUACAGCAGGCUUCGGAUGGUUACAAGUCUGUUAGGGACUUCCCCCUGCUGUUGCUGCAAAGUUACACCCACUCUUCAUACACCCACUCUUCAAGCCUGACUAAGCAUUGAGAAGAAGUAGCCCUCUAGAUGUAUUCAUGUGCUCCUUCAUGGUCAUUCACCUACUCACUUAAAAGCUUUGUAGACAUGGACAUGUAGGCCACCUAUUAGUCUAGCAGAGACUUGCCUUUAACCAAGGCUAAUUGCACUGCUAGCAAAAUAUUUCUGACACAUUUUCAUGGAGUUGCUGGUACUCUAUCAAAAGUUGUUCUUAGAAGGUCUGAUUUAUAUGAACUGUCGUGGUGUCCCAGAAGUUUGACCUUUUGACCCACAGAGACUAGAGAGUUCAGCGGCUGAUCCACUGCUUAAAUUAUAGCCCAUUAGAGUCCUCUCUCCUCUGUGACCUGGAAACCGAGAAGUGACCAAGUGGUGGUGGUGUGUCGAUUCGUUAGUAGGCAAAUGAAGAUGGUCCUCCCCUCCUCGAUAGCAUCAUUUUGGCCAGGUGUAUCCUACUGUGGAAAAGGUUUGAUAUCUUCAACACCCCCUUUGAAUCAGCUGUUGUAUUGUCGGAGGAGAAAACCAUGCACACUUUUAAAAACAAUAGAAUGAAUGAAAUUAAUGAAUGAAAUUGUAUUUUUGUGUCAAAUCGCCAGUUGGCAACCCCAUCCCUUAUAGGAUUAAUUGACACAUAAACAAACAUUACAAUAAUUCACUGUGAUAAUUCAGUGAUAAUUCUUCUUCCGGUGUUCUCUGCAAAAGAGUCCAAAAUAAAAAUAACUAAUAAAUAAAAAUCAAUACGUAAUAAAUAAUAAAUAAGGUUAUCCAAACAAUAUUUAUAAAUACAGAAUAAUGAAACAGAAGGCAUUUGAACCCAGGCUGGCUCAAAGAGAAGAUACAUGUGGGAGACAGGCCUACACACAAUCUAUAUACAAUAUGCUACUUAUUGUUUUAUCUAUAAAAUGUCUUGCACAACUAACUUAAUUUGUUUUUAUCACUUGAUACAUUUAUUUUGGGAUCCACCCCUGUAAACGUAAUUUGCCUGAUGAUGCGUGAGUGGAGAAGGAGGGUCUCAUUUCAUACAAGCGGAUUUUCGUCCAUGUUCCCUUUCCUCGCCGCCGCUCCUUGAUUACCUUUGACCUUUUGCAAAAGUAGGUGAGAGAGGGUGGAGGAGAGAGGACACAGGAGGUGAGCAAAUGUAAUUGAGAAAAAGGUGUCGAACUGUGUCAAACUAUUUUAUUUAUUUUGUAUUUUAUUUUUAAAAGUUUAACAACAAUUAUCUCAAUGCGUAAACUGAUUUUUUUUUUCAUAUUCGCAUAUGUUGUAGCUUAGACACUAUUUCACAUAAUCUGAGGUUUUUGUGUUGUGCUUGCCAUCAGUUGAGACAUGACAUGCUCUUGAAUACAGGGUGGGUGUAAUUUCAAUCAUAGAAAUGCAAUUCAUAGAAUGGACGUAUCCCUUCAUACCACUGCAAUUUAGCUGGUACACCAUUUAAGUUUUAACUUCUAAUUACUACCACAAAGAUGGCCGCCGGUCCACCCACCGUCGAAUGUCAACUGAAAUGGUCAUGUCUAUUCUAUUAUCUAUAUUUCUAUGAUGUCAAUAGGUUUCCUAUGGAGGAUUGAUAGUAUAAUUUAAAACAACAGAUAUUCCCAUUCAAGUCAACAUUCUCUGAUGUGUGGGCUCCAACCAUCUUUGUGGUACCAUUUGAGAGUUUAAUUAUUGAAUUUUUUCCCCUUUUUAGUACUCAGACAAAACAUGACACCCACCCUGUGUUCAAGAGUAUGCUGUGUCUCAACCAAUGACGGGCAAACACAACCUUCGAUGAUGUAAAAUAGGGUCUAAACUACAACAUAUAAUAAUAUGAAAAAAAAUCUGGGUUUAAGCGUUUUUAGAUCAUUGACGUUAAAGAAAAAAAUUAUAAUCCAGAAAUGUUACAAUAAUUUGACAACCCUGUUUGUAAGCGUUCAAAUUAUAUCAAUCUCAACCGUUGUUAUAUUUUCCAGUGAAGAAGACAUGAAUGUCUCAUGGUAUGGUGGGGGUAUGCAAAAUGGGUCAACUUUGAGCACAUUUAUCUCUUGAAUUUUUGUGUCAUUCAGGUCCAAAAAGUCACUUUCUGAGCACUUCUACAGUGGGCAAAUAUGUAUGGAAGGUUUUGUUCAAAUCAAAAGGGGUGCUGUCAAAAAGUGAUUGAAUUAAAAUGGAUUUACCCUAAUGCUAUCUCUGUCACUCAGAGUAGGUCAUGGCCAACAGCAGAAACCUACAAUUUAGCAGCAGGCUAUUUUGGGAUAAUCUGUUUCAAGAAAUGGAACCUCGGUCAUUAUACAAAAUUUCAUCUGAAAGGAGGAAUAUACCCUGUGAUAUACUGCACCACCCACUUCCUUCAUAACAGAGACGGAUACUGAAAUCUAGUUAUUACCAGCCUAAUGUUUGAUUAUUGAAAAUAUAUGAACAUUUGCAAGGACCGUUCUCAAGAUGUUCAGUUUAGAAUAUUGUAUCACCACACAACAGGAUAAUUUCUUAUAUAAAGAAAGUGCAAGUAGCCUGAGUGUACAAAACAUUAGGAACACCUUCCUAAUAUUGAGUUGCACCCCAUUUUGCCCUCAGAACAGCCUCAAUUCGUCGGGGCAUGGACUCUACAAGGUGUCGAAAGCGUUCCACAGGGAUGCUGGCCCACGUUGACUCCAAUGCUUCCCACAGUUGUGUCAAGUUGGCUGGAUGACCUUUGGGUGGUGGACCAUUCUUGAUAAACAAGGGAAGCUGUUGAGCAUAAAAAACCCAGCAGCAUUGCAGUGACACACUCAAACCGGUGCGCCUGGCACCUACUACCAUACCCUGUUCAAAGGUACUUAAAUAUUUUGUCUUGCCCAUUCACCCUCUGAAUGGCAAACAUACACAAUCCAUGCCUCAAUUGUCUCAAGGCUUUAAAAUCCUUCUUUAACCUGUCUCCUCCCCUUCGUGAUUAAAGUGGAUUUAACAAGUGACCUCAAUAAGGGAUCAUAGCUUUCACCUGGUCAGUCUGUCAUGGAAAGAGCAGGUGUUCCUAAUGUUUUGUACACUCAGUGUACAUUGGAUUCUACCCAGAGGUUAUUCAGGACCCCAUUCACCCAUCACUUUGUAAUCUUUUCAAAGUAGUAAUCUUUUCAAAGUAGUCCUAUUUAGUUCUAUUAAAUGUUGAGUACAUCAAUGUUCUUUCACUAUGCAAGGCGAGCUACAAUUUACAGUAUUAAAAGUUGAGGAUUAUGAUUAUGGAUGGCAUGUCUAUAUGACUUCAAUGGUCCUUGAAGCCUCAUUCUGAUCCAAUCAUUCUGCUACAACAUCCAGAGCCUGCCCUCCACUUUCAGGUUUGAAUCUUCCUCUUAACAAUGCCAACUUCCCACAUUUAAUCCUGAGUGAAUAGCAUAUGGUCUGUGCAGAUUGGGGUCACGUACAGUGUCACAAAGCACCAGAGUUAUUGCUUUCUACUCAAGCUGUCACAACCAUAUUACAGUGUCAAAUACAUGGAGGGUUGGCAAGAUCAAUGAGUCUCAGUCAGUACUUUGUUAACGUGUGAUGGAUGCUCUUAGCACUUAUCUUAAAUUGUCCACCUCAUUUGUCUGUGGAAUUAAGGAAAACUCUUAACUCAAUCUGUCCUUCAUUUCUCCUCAGGUGGGUGAUAUAGUCAAAGUGACGAGGAUGAACAUCAGCGGUCAGUGGGAGGGAGAGGUGAACGGCCGGAGGGGUCUCUUCCCCUUCACCCAUGUCAAAAUAAUGGACCCCCAGAAUCCGGAUGAGAGUGAAUGA